CUUUCAUACAACGUGUCACCCCCUCUUUUCUCUCUCUCUCUCCAACAACCUUUUCACAACAGUUUUACCUUAUUUUCCACAAAAACAACAACCAAAAAGGUUUUAACCUGUUUUUAGUCUUUAGCAGAAAAAGAAAAAAAACACAAAAAUGUUGGAGACAAAAGACUCUGCAAUUAAACUGUUCGGUAAAACAAUUCCGGUGCCGGAGAUUCUUGUCGAAACUCCGGCUUUAUCUUCUGGUGAUGUUGUUGAUGAGAGUAUUGAAUCUAUUGAUGAUAAAAAUCAUGAUUCCUCUACGAACUCUUCGAGGGAGUCACAUAAUACUAGAGAUGAUGCACAUGAGCAAGAAAUUGAGAAGGACACAUCGGGAGACAAACAAACUGAUGAAAAGAACGAAGGAGUCUCUAUGCAAUCGACUGGAGAGUUUACCAACCAAGAUGCAGCCUCUGGGACUGGAGAAGAAUCUAUUACCGUGUCCACCGAAAGGGAGGAUGCUACGUUGAAAACUUCAAAGACCGAAAAAGAAGAACAACAAGAUGAAACAAGUAAUUCACAGGAUAAGAUCCUCAAAAAACCUGACAAAAUAAUUCCUUGUCCCAGAUGUAGAAGCAUGGACACAAAGUUCUGCUACUAUAAUAACUACAAUGUCAACCAACCCCGUCACUUCUGCAAGAAUUGCCAGAGAUACUGGACUGCCGGUGGAACCAUGAGAAACGUACCUGUAGGUGCCGGUCGAAGAAAGAAUAAGACCUCUUCUUCUCACUAUCGUCAGAUAACUGUCUCUGAAGCAACUCUACAAAAUUCUCGGAUACAUCCUUCCUUGAAAUGCAAUGGUACAAUCCUUACAUUUGGAUCCAAUACACCCUUGUGUGAAUCAAUGUCAUCUGUUUUGAAACUUGCUGAUAAAUCAGUGCAAAAUUACACAAGAAAUGGAUUUCGUAAACCGGAAGUACUAAGAAUUCAUGUUCCUCAUGCAAGUGGAGAAAAUGGUGAUGAUCAAUCCAAUAAAUCAUCGAUUACAUCGACAAAGUCUAUGGAAGUUGCAAGUACCAAUGUAUCCCAAGAACCAGGUAUGCAGAACGGCCAGAGCUUCUCACCACAAGGGGCCUACUUUCCUCCGGGAACUCCUUGGUCUUUCCCAUGGAGUCAAGUGCAAUGGAGCUCAUCGAUUCCACCACCGACUUUUUGUCCACCGGGAUUCUCCAUGCCAUUCUAUCCUCCGGCAUCUUACUGGGGUUGUACCGUGCCAGGGGCAUGGAACCUUCCAUGGCAAACACAACCGUCUUCGCCAAUUGGUGUAAACCCUAACUCAAGUCCAAACUCUCCAACAUUAGGGAAACAUUCAAGGGAAGACAACAUGCUUAAAUCGAGCGAAGAUAGUAGGAAAGAAAGUAGAGAAGAAAAGUGUUUGUGGUUUCCAAAAACUUUGAGGAUCGAUGACUCAGGAGAAGCAGAAAAAAGCUCUUUAUGGACAACACUUGGGAUUAAAAAUAACAAAGCCGACUCAGUUUCUUCAGGAAGACUCUUUAAUGUAUUCCCUUCAAAAUGUGACGAACCAAAUCACUUGGUACAAGCGUCUUCAAUCUUGCAGGCCAAUCCAGCCGCUUUAACUAGGUCACUUAACUUUCGUGAAACUUCAUAGGCACGUAACAUAUAUAUUGGUAUCGUGCUUUUGGGUGCACCAAACUGAUUUGGCAGUGUUCAACUUUUUCAUGAGAAAAUCACAAACCGUAAAGCCAGUUCUCGUUGAAUGCCAACUAAAGAAGAGAAGAUGGUUCUUCCUGUAUUUCAUUCAAGCCGAAUAAGAAUCACAUUAAUGAAGGAGCAUUUUUGUGCUAUCAUGUCUUUCAUUCAGCUGGUUUUCUUAGUUCAUGUACAUAUAUAAGUUUAUAUGACAUAGUGAGACAUAGUAAGUUUGUUUUCCAAAACCUUCUAUGUAGAUAAAUAAGAAUAAGAAUAAGGGGUUCAAUUUGUACUUCUUGUUCUGGUUUCUUUCUUUUAGAAUGCAACUUAUGUUUUUCAUUGACUUAGCCAACUUUGGUUCCUAGUGGAAAGUGUUUUAACUAUGUAUUUGCUCGUUGUAGCAUUAGUGUUUUAAUUUCUUAAUCUUUUUACUCAAUCUUGUAAUAUGUACAAAGGUACUCAUCAAAAAAAUAAUAUGUACAAAGGUGAAAAUGCAUAUUUUUCUCCAUGGA